UUUCGUUUCGUGUAUAUCGGCUCUGGUGUUGCUGCUGCGGGCAGUAGAGCGAGCGUAGACUGCUGGGCGGUAUUUGCUUUUCGUUCGUUUAUCUGUACCUAUAUACGCUUAUUAUUUUUUUUCGCAAACGACGACUAUAUUCGUCAUUCACCUUCCUGGUUAUCUUGACCUGGUGUGUUUUACAUCGUGAGGAUCCAUAUACACACAUAUUACAUUACACAUCUACAAUCAUGGAUCCCGCGGUUUUCCCCGAAGAAAUCUGGAUCAAGAUCCUACUUGAGUGCGACGUACCUGAUAUAAUAGCCUUCGGGAGCACCUGCAAGUACCUACGCAAAACCUCCGACACGGAUUAUCUGUGGAAAAUGAAAUGGUUACAACUUAUAUCAACAGUACAAUUUCAAUUCCCUGACAUGAAGUAUCUUCAAAAUUUAAGUGUCAGCUUUAAAGCUAUGUGUUAUCGGCUGCACAUGAUUUUAACCUUGAAUGAGACCAAUGAGAACUCAUUUCCAAAAUGCUGCAACUGCAGCAGCUAUACAUGUCAGAGGAACUGUGUUGAAGGUUCCAGUGUUAAAGUAGUUAUAGAAAUAGGAAAUAAGUAUACAUGGGUUAUUACUCCUAACUUUGGUUUAAGAAGACACUUUUCCAUGCUUGGCUUCCCUAAAUAUAACAGUGAAACUCACAAUCAAGUUGAAAAGCCAAUUCUUCCACCUGUACAAAACAUUCCUAGUAGUAGUUGUCGAAGAAAAUUGGAAAGUAAAUUUGUUACAAAGAAGUCUAUUGUUAAAUUGUUGAAACUUUCAGAGCCUGAAUCCAUAAAAGAUCCACCUCGUAGUGGACCAUUUUGUGUAUUUUGCAACUCAGUUCAGCUUUAUAGAGAGAAGAGAAGGAUAGAAUUGCAUCCUAAUGAUGCAUCUUGUUAUACUAGAUGCAAUCCUAUUUACCAGAAAUUAAUUAAUGGUUACUGUACAGACACAGAAAAAGUUUUAGGAAUACCAAAUAUCAAUCUAUUUAAUCCAGCUGAAGCACUACUUGUUGAUGGAACAUUUUCAGUACUCAAAGAUUUUGUAGAUCAUCUGUUUCGUCAAAUGAGUUUAACAGAGACACUCAAAAAACCAAAUGCUGUUCUUAUGUUCUGUGAACCAUUGGCAAUACAUCCGUUACUUAGAAAACAACUUUUACAUUAUCUAUUUCAAGAAGUUAAAGUAGCAAGAGUUUGCUUAGUUCCAAAACCAUUAGCAGCAUGUGCUAUGCUUGGAGUAGAAACUUGUAUUGUCGUUGACAGUGGUGCUUUGAGUACAACUGUGGCUGUUGUAUUUAAUGGGCGGGUAAUGCCAAAUAGGUGGAAACUUAUACCUGUUGGAGGCUGGCACGUAGCAUACUAUCUGAAACAAGCAAUGAAUUGGCAACCAAAAGAAUUCCAUGAAAUUCCAAUAUCAUACUUAGAUUACCCUACAGUGAAAGAAAGAUGUAGGCUUAGUCUUGACAUAAGAAAAGAAGAGUGCAAUAAUAGAUCCGACAGACUACAUAAAGGUGGACAAAAUAAAUCUGAAAAAGUAGAUAUAGAUAUAAGAGUUGAUACUUAUGCAAACUGUAAAAAGGAUUGGAAAGUUUCAUUGGGAGCAGAGUUGUACACAGCUCCAGAGCUUAUGUACGUCAGUAUGGAUUUACCUGAAGUUCUGAAAGAAGUCACAAAAGGAUUGCCAGAAGAAAUAAGAGUCAGUUGCCUUUCCCGCAUACUUCUUACAGGUGGAAAUACAGACUUGGCUGGAUUCGAGUUACGAUUGAAACUAGAUUUGAAAAAAAUUCUUCCGGAAUAUGCACAGAUCUUGGAAGUGAAGAGUUGUCCUGGUACUCACAGUUGGAAUGUAGCAAUGGGAUCGACUUAUGUGCCUUUAGCUGUACAUCCUGAAAAAACACCUCCUGAGUACAUGAAAGGAACUCCUUUUUGGUUGUCACGAGAAGAAUAUAUUCUUUUUGGAUGUGAAUCAUUAUCAAGCCAUUAAGAGAAAUGCUAAGUCAAACAGCUACUUCAAAGUAACUUUACUAAAACAAAUGCACAAUAUGAAAUAGUGCAUAGAUAAUACCAGGAAUUUCAAUGUUACCAUCUCACAAUAUAUUCUAUCCCAAGCUGUUGAUAAGUUUAUAGGGAUAUUCUUCGAAGAUCUAUCAAACUUUAUAAUCACAAAUAUGGAAUAACUUUUUAGGACUGAUUUGGGUGUGUAAAAAGAAUACUCUCAUAAUUGUAGAUAUGAUCGGCUUAAAAAUCUUAUUCUAAUGCGUCAUGAAAUUUCAAUUAUGUUUAAAAAUAAUGGUUCCUUGGGAAUCAUUUUAAUAUUCAUAAUUCUUCUUGAUAUUAAAAAAAUAUCAUAAUAACAGUCAAUCGUGAUACAUAAAAUAUAUUUUGGCAUUUUGUUAACAUUCCCAUUGUUUUUCUCAUUUGAGCCGAUAAUAUCUAUGCUUUGAAGCACUUUCUUUACCAAAAGAAGAAUAGCAUUUACAUUAUAGAGCAAAAGGCUGUUUGAAAUUUUAUCAAAUAUUUAUUUUUAUUUUUAUGUUUUAAAAUUCCUUAAUUUGUUGACUACUGCAUUUUUUACUAUUAUCAAAAAGUGCAGAGUGAGCCAACAACCCAAUAUGGAAUUGAAUGUAUUUUUAGGCCUUAAAUAAGUUAGAAAUUUAUGCUUUAUAAUGAUAUUGUACUAAUUGAAUUAGCUUCAUAAUGUAAUUUUUUUUUGAAAUUUAUGAAAUUUAUAGACACUUUUCUAUGUGAUUAUUAAUAGUAUGCACUUUGUGCAUAUCUAAAGGAAAUGAAUAAUGUCAUAAUAUCAAUAACAAAAAUGAAAAAACCCGUGAAGUAUAUAAAAAGUUUUAAUAAUUUACUAAUGGCUAUGAAUAAUCAGAUUAUUGAAGAUAAAGUUUGUCUCUUCGUUUGAAACAUGUAAAAUUGAACAAAAUUGGUAAUUAAUGAGUACUUUCUUUAAUUAAGAAAAGGAAAAAAAUGUUUAUAUUUAGGUCUGCCACGUGUUCGUGAGUUUGAGUAGGAUCAUAGAUAAUAUAAAACUUUUUUUUUGUAAAUAAGACAAGUGAGCGAGUGUCUUUAUUAUGCUUAACGUCGUGUUGAGAAACAAAAGUAAAAGAAAAAAUAAUUAUGUGAUACAGAACUUACAAUUAGUAUUUCUUAAAGAAAAAAAAGAGAAUACGACAUAAAAAUGUCGGCUAUUUCUUAAAUUUAUAUCGGAUAAAGUCUUGCCAAAAGAAAUAUGUAUGGUCAACGAGAACGAAAAAAAAUUACAUGGGGAAGUUUCUAGUCAUAUUUGAAACUUAGAAUUAUAAGAGAGUUUACUUCCAAGUUAAUAUAUUCAGUAAUACAAAUAAGAUCUUGUAGUUAGAACAUUAGCUAUAAAAAUAAAAUUCUAAUUCUGUUAGGUUUACAGAGUAGUUCUAGGCGAAAAUAUAUAAGCUAGCUAGACCUUCAAUAAGAAAAAAUUCGACUGUUUAUCCAGAUAUUUAUGCAUCGCUCUUGGACGACAAAAAUUGUACUACAAUUACCAUUGCUCUAUCUAUACAAUACAUACAUGCACAUAAUAACAAUCUGCUAACUACACAUUUAUUCAUAAUCUAUUGUACUCCGAGCCACAAGUUCUACUUACAGUUAGUUUAUUUGGAAUGAUUUAAAAUCAGUAACUAAUUCUAAUCAUCGUACGUAUGGGACAAGAAUUUGAAUAAUAUUAAAGCAUCGUUUAUUUAUUAUGAUGUUUGGAGUUUUUCAUUAAAAUAGUUUUAUCGCAACAACUUUAAAGCUGCCCCUUCAAACUAUUCCAUGUAUCCUCACAAACACGGCUUAAAUAAAAAUUUUUAUACUAAGUACUUUAGUAUUAACUAAAAGUAUAAAAUAAUAAUGUAUCGAUUAUCGAUAAUGCCUAGACAUUGAUUUAUUGACAUUACUUUUUCAAAUUAUUUUGCUUCUUUAAUAAGUUUUAAUGCUUAUGUAUAUGUAGUACAGUUUUUCUUAUAUGUCGACGGAAAAGUGUGGUUUUAUUUUUUAAUAUUUUAAUGAUUAAUGAUUAUUAAAAUGUCUGAGAAUCGAAAUGACAUAGAAGUAUACGAUUGAAUGUUGUUGAUAGAAACAAUAUGUAUAUUCAAGUUACAAAACAGGCUUUUAAUCCAAUUAUAUGUACUGACUAAUUUAAAAUUUUAUAUUUUUGUAUCGGAUUUCAUUUGAAGAAUUGUUGAUGUUUGAUUAUCGAUGAGCAUUGGUCAAAUAAUUAUUUAGUCAUUGAUAAGAUUAAACGUAGUCAGCAUAUAAAUCACUUGUAUAAAAAUAUAGAAAUAUAAAUUUUUGUUUAGCUGUAAGCAUAUUAAAGCAAAGACUUGAUGUAAAAUUCGGAACUUUUUAUAUGAAUUCAAAGCAUUCGUCGAUAGUGUUAGAUUUGGGCACUGUUAAAUACCUUAGAAUAAGUUGGUUUAUUAUUGUCAUGUAUAAAAUACCUUUUAUUGGUGAAAACUAUUAGUAAUAAAAUUGAUAAAAAUAAAAUCUUCUACUGUUAUUUGUUAAUUUAUCUGUUACAAUGAAUAGUUAUGAAUACUAACUACCAGAUCAUAUUUUCUUAUAAUAUUGACUCCAAGAAAAAAAACGUACAUUUUCCCUUUUUUACGUGUUUUAUUCCAAGUAAUUAUCAUAUGAAAAUGUGU